AUGAGUGAGCUGCAAAAGUCCUUUGCAAAGGCCAAACUGGCCAAGCUUCCGGCAGAAGCCCCCAUGUACAAUCCAAUGAAAAUCCCGGAAGAGAAUACCGAGGAUGAUGCUUCGUCUGCCUCUUCAGUCUCGUCAACCGGCACAUUGAUGCCCUCGCCUACGAGAAACCUUUUUGCGCGCAGAAGUGCUAGUCAGCCAAUGCAGGCACAUACUUGGCCCGAAUAUUUCAGCCAGGAACUUUUCCUGCCUGAAGAGGUGCAUGGCAUGCGGAUUGUACACCAUGCCUAUUUGACACCGCCAUCCGGGUCAGGUCCGUUAUUUGUCAUGCAUCACGGUGCAGGAUCAUCUGGCCUGUCCUUCGCAGCUUGUGCCGAGGCUUUACGUAGAAUUCUUCCUAAUGCAGGCAUUUUGUCACUUGACGCACGAAGCCAUGGCCAGACAGUGACAAGUCCCAUCACUCAGGUCUUGAAUCAAGAGCAUCCCUCAACGGCGGCUGCCGCACAGGCUGAAGUUGAAAGUCAGAUUGAACUAGAUCUGAGCUUGGAUACUCUCAGUCGUGAUCUGGUCUUCGUGGUCCAGGAGACACAGACAAAGAUGGGAUGGAAGGCACUACCAGAUAUUGUCUUGGUUGGUCACAGUCUGGGCGGCGCGGUCAUCACGGAUGUAGCCAAGAAGGGAGCCUUGGGACCCAAGCUACUGGCAUAUGCAGUACUUGAUGUCGUGGAAGCAAGCCUUACAGGAUCCGCAAUGGAUGCUCUUCAAAGCAUGGAGACCUACCUUUCUACACGACCGACCCGAUUCACUUCCCUAGCUUCAGGUAUCGAAUGGCAUACUCGUUCACGCACAAUCCGAAAUAGCACUUCCGCUCAAGCAUCUGUACCCUCGCUCAUUUACGAGGAAAGUGACCCAGCCGAUCCCUCCCGUCCGUGGGUCUGGCGCACAAACCUCUCAGCCACGAAGCCCUUCUGGGAGAACUGGUUCAUCGGGCUGAGUCGUAAAUUCUUGGAUUCUCGAGGCGGAAAGCUAUUGCUCCUCGCUGGAACAGACAGACUUGACAAGGAGUUGAUGAUCGGUCAAAUGCAAGGCAAAUAUCAGCUGCAGGUAUUUCCCGAAGCAGGUCACUUCAUUCAAGAAGACCAGCCGGCCAAGACUGCCCAGGUGCUGGCGGACUUCUAUAGGAGAAAUGACCGCAGCGCGUUGGUCCUUCCACCCAAAGUCGGUGAUCUUCAAGCCGCGGCUGCGAUGAAGAAAGGCGCCGGUUCCUUGGACAAGACUGGAACGAAACCAUGA